AUGGAAUUGCGAGUUAUUUGCACUGCUACAAAAAUCAUUACUACUCGUGGCAAUCUGUGUGAUCCUAAACAAUACAAUCAGUACUAUGAGCAGUAUAAACUGCAUCAGGAAAUGCUAAAGCAGAAGGAACACGAAUCGAUGAACGCAAGUGCAGGUGGCAAUGAAAAUUCCCAACAUAUAAAUACCAGCAAAUUGAACACUUCGGUUUUUAGAGGCGAUGAUGUCAGCACUUUGGCCGAGAUUGAAGCUGAGUUUAGGGAGCAGUCGGGUACAACCGCUGCAACCACUUGCACGGAUGGACAACAAAAUGUCACAGUGCCACUUAGCCAUAGAAUGGCUGGCAAUGAGUAUCCUUCACUGCAAAAACAACCAACACCUGCCAUUGUUCAAAGUUUCACCCCUGUUUAUGUGCAACAGUCGGCCACCCAACCCACUGGAGGUGAUAUCUAUCAGGAAUAUGUGCAGAAUCCCUAUAAUCUGACCUUGCAACAAAGUCACCAACUACCACCUUUGGUGAGUGUGGAACAAAACCAACAAAAUCUUCAAAGAAUUCAAAAGCAAUUUGAAGAACAACAGAAACAACUACAACAACAGCAGCAACAGCAUCACCAGUAGCCGUCAUCACAUUCACAUGCCGAAGCAUUUAAUACACCUGUCAAUUAUUUCACUUCCACAGUGGAUCCCAAUACAAUACCACCUGGCUCAGAAAUGCUAUUUGGCCAACCCUAAAAAACUUUCAAAGCAUUAUAUUCAUAAUUAUGGAAAAUUUUUCGUUUCGCAGCUCUGCGUCGUUUGGGCCAUUGGGGCAGUUACUGUCCAUGGUUCCCUGGUCGUCUUGAGGCUGUCACAGGAAUAUGCGUGGAUUUGUCUCACAUUCCACCAUUAGUUUGUUUGUAUGUUUUAUCUUCAUUCUUUCUUUUUCGUUUUCUAGUUCAAUUAUAAGCUAAAUUGGUAAUUUCUUGCAACAGUGUUCCUCUGCUGUAUGCAUGCCCCAUUUAUAGCAUUAUUAUUAUUAAAUCAAAAAAUUCUAUAUAAUAUAUACACUUAAAGAAAUAAAUCGAAAAUUGUUUAACUAUAACAUAAAAAAAGUAAUAAUUUAUACACUCUCUCACACACACACACACACACACAGUUAUUAAGAGAAAUCUAUGUCAAUCUGUAUAUAUAAACGAUAUAAAUCAGAAUAAAUGCCCAAAUACACUACA